CGAAUUCGCCGACCCAAUCCGCAGGUCCUGCAACGGGAUUGAUUGCUGCGAGAUCAGGAUCCCCUCCCGGCUCCAGGUGUUCAACGCCAGCUUCCGCGGCGCGCUGGGCAAGGCUGUAGGGAAGAAAUUGAGAAUUGGGGGAUGCAAUUUUGCUUACCUUGUUGACAAGCGAUGGAUGGAGGAUAGCAAGUUGAGUCCAGAUGUUGUUGGGUUGAGGAGCUCGGUUCCAGUUACGCUCACGUGGAUGGUUGAUAAGAAAUACUAUGGCUUGAUUGCUUGGCCUGGAGGCGAUGAUGAUGAAAUCCCAACCCAUGUUUGUACUUUUUUCAACUUCACGCCCAGGUUCCGUACUCUGAAGAGGGAGAUGGUGAAGUGUGAUUGCGCCAAUGGGUUUCAGGAGAAUCCCUAUCUUGAUGGAGGAUGUGAAGGUAAUGGAACAGUGCUUUAACCUCAAGCUUGAUUGCUACAGUGUGUUCAUGAGAAGGCAGAGGAGAGAGGCUGAUAGAAGUUUUCAUGCAGAUGUAAAUGAAUGUGAAGAUCCCAGCAAUCCUUGUGCUAAGCAGAAUCAGGGUUGCUUCAAUCUUAAAGGGAGUUUCAGAUGCAACAGAUACAAAUCUUCCAACUUCUUCAGCAGUCAGAAUUCCAGGAAUGUGAUUUUACUCGGUGUGAUGGUGGGAUUCAGCUUGUUGUUCCCGUUGUUUGGAGUGUGGUGGUUGUGCAAAGCAUUGAAGAGAAGAAAGAAGAAGAGACUCAAGGAGAAGUUCUUCAAGAGAAAUGGUGGUCUCUUGCUCCAGGAACAGUUAUCUACUGGGGAUGGAAAUGUUCAGAAGGUCAAGCUGUUCACUUCGAAGGAACUGGACAAGGCCUCCAACAAUUACAAUGCGAGCAGGUUGCUCGGUCAAGGUGCACAAGGCACGGUUUAUAAAGGGAUGUUGGAUGAUGGAAGAAUCGUUGCGGUGAAGAAAUCGAUGGUACUUGGUGGAGGGAAGCUGAAGCAGUUCAUCAAUGAAGUCGUCAUUCUCUCACAGAUCAAUCACAGGCAUGUGGUAGCAUUAUUGGGUUGUUGCUUGGAGACAGAAGUUCCUCUUUUGGUUUAUGAGUUUGUACCUAACGGUACACUUCAUCAGUUUCUUCAUAAUCAAUCCGAGGAGCUUGUUUUGACCUGGGAUGUGCGUUUGAGGAUUGCCACUGAAGUUUCUGGAGCACUCUCCUACCUACAUUCAGCAGCUUCUAUGCCCAUUUACCACAGAGAUGUCAAGUCCAAAAACAUCCUUUUAGAUGCUAAAUAUCGAGCCAAAGUAGCCGAUUUUGGGACUUCAAGGUCGAUCAAGAUCGAUGCGACCCAUCUGACAACUCGCGUCGAAGGUACCUUUGGCUACAUGGAUCCCGAGUAUUACCAAUCAAAUCAGUACACCGAGAAGAGUGAUGUCUACAGCUUUGGAGUAGUGCUAUUUGAGCUGCUAACGAGGAAGAAACCGGUGUCGUCGAAUGAUUCGUCCGAGGAAGUGAUGAGUCACAUCGCAUCAUUUAUACUCUCGUCAAAGGAAGAAGCCAGAUGGUUCGAGAUGAUCGACCCUCAAGUGUUGAAGGAAGCGAGAAAAGUUGAUGUACUGACACUAGCUAACUUGACAAAGAAGUGUGUAUCCUUAACGAGGGCGAGUCGUCCUACAAUGAAAGAAGUCACAAUGGUAUUGGAGGGGAUUCCUAGAGAGUCGCUAGGGAGUUGUAUAAAUGUUGAAUACGAUAACAAUUAAGUACUUGGUUGAACAAGAAAAACACAUGCACAGAAUAAUUGCAGUUUUGGAAGAGCAUCUCAAUAUGAGGCUCAUGCCUCAUGUUAAAUGGCUUAUCUUAUUCUCUUCACUGACUCGUGUUCAUAAACUCGUCAUGUUAAAGUGCAUCUCAAUCUGCAAUUGUUCCUAGUGCCAGCUGCAUAUGGUUUUCCACUCACAUCACCAGCAACCUAGUUUACUUUGAUGGACAAACCCGAAUUUCACAUAAGCAUGAGCAUUGUGCAGAAGCCAUCUACGACGUGCUUAUUGAGCUCGUUCAAGUCAAACCCACUAACUUUGGCUGGAAUUUUUAACUAGUAACAUACAUGUUUGUAAAAAACCAGCAGCCACAACAUAUUCGUUAACAAAAGCAGACAUCAAAGCAAAGGCAAGCUAGGCGAGCAGAAAGAAGAGGCGUAAAACAGAACAGAGCCCUUUUCUCUGCAAAAAAGCCAAUGGAAGAAGGUGCAAAGGUUUAUUUCAUCCUUUGAGUUGAGACCAUGCAAUUCGUUUUCGGAACGAGGAUUCUUAUAGUUUGCCUGUCCUAACUCUGUCAAAAGUAGAGCAAUUCAGUUCAGCUCUGUCAGCACUCAGCACAGCCAUAUCAUAAUAUGAGCCUACUCUUCUACUUUAGACCAAAAUCACCACUGUUCGUCGGAGUUCAUCUCAUCCAUCCGUCCAUUCAUUCAUCACCAAUUUGACGCUGAGAUUCCUGCACUCUCUUGGUAUGUUUACUAUCUAAGCCACCAUUUUUGCACAGCUGAAAUUGGACCUUGCAGGAAUGGACAGUAACGGCUCACAAGUGGGUUCACGCUCCUGCCGAUCUUAGCCCACCCACUUUGAUGAUACCCAGCAGUAACUGGAGCAUGGUACAUCAGCUUCAAUAGCUGCCCACAAAAAAACCAAACAAACAACAAAGCAGCAACUGAUUAGUAGUGGAAAUUCUCCUUGUUCAUUGCAAAAUGAGAAAAAUGGACUCAGAUUGAUAUUUAUUAGAUGAUGCCAGGUUUGUAGACUCUGAAGUAUUACAAAACAGUAAAAUGCUUUCAACCCGGUUCAUAUGCACACAGGAAAAGGCAUAAAGUACUUUAAGAUAAGUUCGAUAGGGAUGGAUCAUCA